AUGGAGGAGUCCAACAGUGUUCACAAUUCAGUGGUAAAGCAGUUCCAGGACUGGGCCAAGCAACAGGAUUCUAGUGAUCUAAUUUCAGAAAAUUCUGCGUUACCUAGGUUGACGACGGGUAACAUGCUUGCCCAUGGAUAUCGCGAGCCUACCGUUGCCCAGUUAGCACUCUGUCUCGUAUGGUUGUCGGCUAUAUUUAUUUGGUUCCUGAGAAAAGUUUACCAGAGGAAAUUUAAACCGUAUGAUGUUGAUAAUGAUUUGGAAUCAAUACCAAAUGGUUAUUUGAAUAAUUCAAUUAAUGAUUCUACGGAAAACGCUGAAACUCAAAAAUUCAAAGCUUUGGAUGCCCAUGUUCUGGAUAAAAUUGAAAAAGCUAUUGAUGAUGCCGGGAAAGACCAAAAUCUGAAUGAGGAAUUGGAUUCAAAUGAGCCGAAAGAACCUCUACUGAAAAAUGAUAAAACAAAUGAUCAAAUCAAGGUGGAAAACACUGAAAAAAAUGGUAAAAAUGGAGAGAAAUCAAGUUUCUCCAAAAUUAAACCACCUCCAAGCUUUGAUGACUUUUUGUUUUAUGUAAUUGUCUUUGGAGGUAUUAUGUUAUACUUCUAUCUGUGUGACUAUCAACAUAUUUUCAAAUCAGGAGAGCGGACCUAUUCCAGGGAUCUCUUCAUGUUCUUAGUUCUUCUUCUGUUUUUGGUAACUGCGAGUUUCACGAUUCGAAAAACACCGGAUAGGCUUAUUAAUAGAGACCAGACAGAAGAAUGGCGUGGCUGGAUGCAAGUGAUGUUUGUUUGGUAUCACUAUUUUGCUGCCAAGGAAACCUAUAAUUAUAUACGCAUAUUUAUAGCUUGUUAUGUUUGGAUGACAGGAUUUGGUAAUUUUUCCUUUUUCUGGAUCCGUAAAGACUUCACAUUUUGGAGAAUGCUAAAGAUGCAAUGGAGACUAAAUUUCUUGGUCACAGUAGUGUGCAUUGUAACUGAUAACGAUUACAUGUUGUAUUACAUAUGUGCCAUGCAUACUUACUGGUUUCUCACAGUCUGGAUUUUUAUGAGAGUCCUCAAUUCAUGGAAUACGGAUCGCAAGAAAAUGGCUGCUAAAUUUUUUGCUUAUUUUGUAUUUAAUGCUAUUAUUUUUGAUAUACCAGGUGUUGGAAAUGUGGUGUUUCAACCGUUUUAUUAUAUUUUACGAUAUCAAGACUCCAUGCACGAGUGGUUGUUCAGGAGCGGCCUGGAUCACUACGCUACAUUCUUAGGCAUGCUGUGUGCAUACAAUUAUCCACAUUACGAAAAUUUUUUGAAAUACUUGGAACGAAAAGACGACCUCAACCACUAUAAAUUGGGAAUUGUUAUAAAAGCUAUUAUCGGGAUAGUAAUUGGAAUUAUUAUUUUGAUUUGGCAUAGUACUAUAAUGUAUAGAGAUAAAUACGAAUAUAAUCUCUAUCAUCCAUACACCUCAUUCAUCCCAAUAUUGGCUUUUAUUUAUUUCCGAAACCUUUUCCCAAUUUUGCGUUCACACUAUCUUCAUCUCUUUGCCUGGUUGGGUAAAAUCACCUUGGAGACGUACAUUUCACAGUUGCACGUUUAUAUGCAGGCUCAAGCCAAAGAAUUGAUUGUUUACUUUCCUGGUUAUCCGUUAAUUACCUUUGCCAUGGCAACCGCCGUGUAUUUGUUUAUAGCAUAUUGGUUGUUUCAGUUGACAACGGAAUUCAGUGCCUAUUUAUUGCCAGCAGACAUGAAAAAAGUUGGCAUUAACUUUGUUGUAGCUGUGAUUGUAUGCAGUGCAUAUGCCGGGCUAGCAUUUACUUUAAAAAACACUGGAAUAAUUUGA